AUGGAAUUAAGCGAUUAUAAAACACCGGAACAAAUAUCUUAUAUAUUCAAAAAUAAAUUCCUCAACGAAGUAUCUCUUAAAGAAAAUGAGAAGGCAUAUUUGAUCAAAAGAACUCAACAAAGUCUAGAUGCAAUCAAUAUUAUAACUAAAAAGAAUAAAAAAAGAAAGUGUGAAAGUUGCCAAAAUUAUGUAUUUGCUUUUCAAUAUUGUGAAAACUGUAUUUGUUAUUAUUUGCAGCAGAGUUAUAGUAAUUGGACUUCUGGGAAUAAGGAAAUUGAUGAUGCAAUUCAAAAUGCUCAAAAGAAUACAUCACGACCAGAUCAUGUUAUUGAGUGGGUUCCUUUCGAGGAUUUCGAAAUGGUGCAAUAUCUAAACAAAGGUGGAUACGCUUCUAUAUACAAAGCAGAAUGGAGAAAAGGUCGAUAUGAUAAAUGGAAUGCUCAAUUAAAAAUUUUAGAACGAUGUGGUAUGCAUGAGAUCAUUCUAAAAAUGUUAACAAAUUCUUGUAAAAAGAACAGCGGAUGGUUAAAUGAAAUUAUUACUCAUUUCAUUUAUAAAGAUAUAAGACAACUUUUACCUUGUUAUGGUUUAACAAAAAAUCAAAAUACGGGAGAUUUCAUGUUAAUCCUAGAAAGAAUGGAGUAUAAUCUAAGAGAAUAUUUAUUUAUUAAUUCUCGUAAACUUACUUGGACACAAAGUGGCCAUGAAAAUGAUGCUGAGUUAGCAUUAGGUAUUAUUAGGGGAAAAAGACCACAUGUUGAUGAUAGUAUACCAUAUGAAUAUGCAACAUUGAUAAGACAGUGUUGGCAUGAUUUUCCAGAUAGCCGGCCGAAUGCUUUGUAUAUCUAUAAAAAAAUCAGUAGCCUUUAUAAAGAAUUUAUUGGAACAGAAAAUAACAAUAUAUUAGGAGAAACCUUUAUGUGUAACGGAAAUUUAUCAAAUUUUACCGAAAAUUUAACUAUGAAAUCCAGCAAACUUUAUGAUCUAUCUGAUCUAUCUGCAUUAAUAAUGUAA